UCAUAAAGAAUUCAACAAUUUCACUCUUUUUUUGUAAAAUGGGACUUCUAUAAUCCCACCACAAAAAAGGAAAAAUGAAAAGAAAAUAUUAGACGUGUCAUAUUUAGGGAGAAGUAUGGGAAUUGGAAAUGGAGCAGUAACCUAACUUCAAGUUCUUUUGGUAAUCCCCACACGCCAUUAUCAUCACCUUCUCCUUCCUCCACUUGACUCCAUAGACAGCAGCAGACACCAUGUCGAGCCUCAACUUAUGCUCCAUCCUCUCCGAAUCCAAACGAAUCAUCAACGCCCACUCCCGUCACUUCCUCGCUCUCUCCGUCAUCUUCCUCCUCCCUCUCUCCUUCUCCCUCAUCGUCUCUCCCACCAUCUUCCACCUCAUCACCACUUCUUCCAACUCCCCCACCAUCCACAUCCUCGUCCGCCUAGCCCACACCCAAACCCAACCUCAAAUCAAAACCCAAACCCAAACUACUUUCAAUUUCCCCUUCCCCUUCCCAAUUCUCUUACUCUCUGUUUUCCUCCUUUUGAUAUUCUCCCUCUCCGCCCUCGCCACCAUCACCCACAGCGUCUUCCACGGCUUCUUUGGCCGUCCCGUCAAACUUCUCUCCGCCGUCACCUCUCUCUCCUCCUCCUUCCUCCCUCUCCUCCUCACUUCCAUCCUCUCCCACCUCAUCCUCCACUCACUCUCCCUCCCUAUCCCCCUCCUCUCUCUCUUCCUUCCCCCAAAUCUCUCCCUCUCCCCAAUCACCCUCACCGCCUCCACUAUCCUCCUCCUCGCACUCAUCUUCUUCCUCUUCUACCUCCGCAUCUCAUGGACUCUCGCCUCAGUCAUCGCAAUCAUCGAAAACACCUACGGAAUCCAACCUCUCCGCCGCAGCGCAUCCCUUAUGAACGGAAUGAAAUACACCGGAGCUUCUUGCUUUCUGUUCUUCGUUUCUCUGGAAGGAAUCAUGCUGUGGAGCGGUUCACUUCUCGCUGCAGUGGCUUCUGACAGCGGUUCAUGGAAGGAUUGGGCUUUUGUGGCUCAGAUUGUGUUGACCUCCGCCGUCUUGACUAUACUCAUGCUUUACAACGCCGCUGCAAACACCGUCUUGUAUAUGUACUGUAAGGCGGUUCACGGUGAACUCGCGUCGGAGAUUGCGGAAGAGUUUGCGUGGCAGUAUGUGAGUUUGCCUUUUGAUGAAGGCAAAGUCCCUCAUGUUGUGUCUGUCGUAUCGUAAGUGUGUAGUAAAAUGUAAAUGUUUGGUCUUUUUGAUUUUUGUAUAAACCCAUGUGAAGGAUGAAAAAAUGCAUGUUAUGGUUGUGCAAAUAUCUGUGACAUAUCAAAUGUGUAAUAUGUAGAUAUUAUCAGCAAAUGUGAAUUUUUUGGAAUA